GGCGUGGGACGAGUGGGUGGGGUGGUUGUGACCUGCAGUACAAUAAAGGUUUGAGGAAGGUAGAGAAAUUUCAUUUUGAACCUAAAUUGCACAAGACGAAAGAACUGAAAAGCCGAGUUUCUUGCAGAGCAGAGGGGAAUUCCUGUAGAGACAUGGAUUUCAUUGAGCCUAUCCUAGGCGUUGCUCAGGAGCUGUACUCUCUGUGCUGUGAGGUGAAGGCUAACCGCAGUCGCUGCAGGCGGCUGGCCUCCCGGGUCCAGGCUCUGAUGGGUACAGUGAAGACUAUCCAGACUCAGGGGCCUGAGGGUCAGCCGGCAGCAGUGCGCAGGGGCCUGCGGGAGCUGAAGGGCACCCUGGAGUCGGCGCGGGAGGUGGUGAAGAAGUAUUGCUUCAUGAAUAAAGUGCAGAGGUUCAUUGAGGGGCACGGCCUGGGUGAAGCCUUUAACCUGCUGAACGAGCGGCUGAACGACGCCGUCAAUGACCUCUCACUCGCCCUGCACUCCGACGAGAAGGAGCGGCUCCAGAGGAUCUUCAGAGUGCUGACCCGGGCACAAGAGGACAGGGAAGACAGCGAGCAGGACAGGAGGGACAUGGAGACACUACUCUCUCAGCAGCUUAAGACAAAGGAGAAGGUGGAUACUAUGAGUGAGACCGUGGACUCCACCUUGGAGGAUGUGAGGGAAAUCAAGAGCAUCCUGAAGUCCAAUUGGAAAAUGGAGCAGAGCCCCCAGCUGACAGACAUCAGGGAGAUCAAGAUUGAGGAGCUAAAGUACAACAGCGAGCCCUUUAUGAAGACCAACAACUCGGAGGUGUACAAGGGAGAAUACAACAAGUUCACUGUCGCCAUCAAAAGAUUCACCUACCAAAUGAGCACUACCGCAGUUGAGGUCCGGAGAGUUUUCAAAAAGGAGGUUGAAACAAUGAGACGAUUCGAGUCCCCUAACAUUCUGAGGAUGUAUGGAAUCUGUGUUCUGAACGAGAAUAGCCUUGUCCCAGAUUUCCUGAUCGUGAUGGAGUACUGUAAGCACGGCUGUCUGCGGCAGGUUCUGGAUGGGAAGCAGGAGCUGCCGUGGCAGACCAGGAUACAGAUCUGCUUGGAUGCGGCACAGGGACUGUACAGACUGCACCAGUCAGAGGAACAGUUUAAAGUCCAUGGCUGUAUUAACAGCAACAAGUUCCUUGUUGAUUCUGGAUUCAGGGUAAAGCUGGGAGGGUUUGAACUGGCGAAGACCGAGACCUCUCUGAGGAAGAACAAAGACAAGAAGAACCACACGCUGUGCUACUGCUCCCCUCAGCAGCUGGAUAACAUCAACCAUCAAUAUGACAAAGCCUGCGAGGUCUACAGUUUUGGUAUUGUCCUGUGGGAAGUGGCCACCAGGAAGAUCCCUUUUGAAGGCUUGACACCCAAACAGAUUCAUCAGCAGGUCUGCAUAGAGAAGUACAAAGAGCCCCUCCCCCAGGACUGCCCCCCUGAACUGGCCAAGGUGAUUGACGCCUGCCGCUCUUUCGAUCCCUUCCAGCGGCCCACUGCGGGAGCGCUGGUGGAUGAUCUACGGAAGACUGUGGAGGAGGACUGCUCCCCCAUAUCAUAGAGGCCAGCUUGUGGGAAUCCCAUGAUAGUGUGAAUCCAAUCCUUCAUAAAAACAGAACAUAACAAAACCAGGUGCUGAAAACAAGAGUUGAGCUGAAGCAUGUCUGUUACCAGCACUACUUCCACUUCCCUAAACUAUUUUUAUUGUCGAAAUGGAAAACAGGAAAGCAAUAUGCUGCAAUGAACUGCCAUCACCACCCAUUAGAUUGAAUAGAAAGGCAAGGGUUAGACACAAACCGAAAACCAUAGAGUUCAAAGGCGAAUGUCUUGGCAUGUAACUGAAGAGCAAGCUCUGUAUGCUGAUGUCAGUAUUAACCCCUUACCCUAUAGAUCUAUUCUCUCUCUCUUCCCCCCCCCCCCCCCCCCCCCCCCCACUUAAUCAAAGCUCCUCCUUGAACGUAAACACCAGUGGGUGUCCACCUCGACUCAGCGAAUUUCACCAUUGAAGGGGAGGGGCCAAUUCAGAAAUGACGAAUGAAGUGAACCCUAUCUACUCAUUCGCCCUACCCCAGUAUCUGGAGCGACUCAGAAUCAUGUGUCUCGCUAGCCAGCAUACAUGCUAUAGCUUAUAUAAUCAUCCAAUAAACAUGGAUAUUAAAUCCCUGUUUCAACAACAGGGGUCACGAUUUGCAUAUCAGUGAGCAGGAGCAGUUUGGGAGGAGCGUGUAAAAAUUCCAUGCAGGCAGCUAUUGACAUUGUGAAAACUGAUCAAAAAAUAUAUUUAGUGACUAUUGGGCUCUCACUCAGUUUUGCUGCAUUUGGUCUGUACCUUUUACUAGAGACUGCUGCCUUUGCAGGACUUCUGAACUUGUUUACGUCAAAUCAAAGCUAUUUAGGAGCUCACUCAGCCAUAUUCUAUAUAGCUCAAAUGCCAUCAGGUGGGCAAUCUUGUUCAAUUUAUUGGAGGGUAGUGUACGCUGAUAUACCUUUUGCAAACUCUUAGUGUGUCAAACCCUGCUUGACUGAUGCCAGUAACAAAAAACACUAACUGCAAUGUUGCCCCAUUAAAGUCAUUGUAGCGAACAUUCGUACAUGUUUUCUACUUCCAGUAGCUACGUAGAUCUCAACUGUGGUGUUUUCAAAGAAACACAUGGUGCAGCAAACAUGUAUUUGAAUUUUAAAACAUGAGAUCUGAUGCUACAUCAGGUUAAAGAAAGUUCUCAUUUUCCAUGCCUUACUCUCAAGAUUUCUUUACAAAUAUGUUACACUUCCCAGGUUAUUUCACCACCUGGGUCAAAGCCAAAGUUACUGGCUGAAAGCAUUAGUCGAUGGGGGAAGCAGCUGGUAGGAUAAUGAAAGGAAAGAAGCUAGAUAGUAUAUUUAUAUAAAAUGACAAUCAGGUUGUUUUUAUAGAGCUUACAUGGAAACUUUUUAUACGAUUAUUUUUAUUGAUAAUAGUACUCAUUUAUUAAUCUUUCGUUCUUGCUAAACAAAGGUGUUUGAGUAACAUCAAAAUCAAGGAAAGUUGGUGUAUUGGUGACCACAAUUAUUAGGUACUGUUUUAGCGUGUUCGUUAUCAAGGAACAAGAGUGGCAUUGUGUUUUGAAGAGAAGACAUUGAUAAGAUUUAACCAAACUCUUACUAUUUCUACAUAUCUUACGACUGUGUGUCAUAUUAACUUUCUGUGAAUGUGAAAAUAAAUAUUUUGUUCUUUUAAAAAAAA